UAUAUAUACCUAUCUGUGUAUAAAACCUAAAACAGCUAAAACCUGUAGGUUGUAAUGAAUAAAUAAUGAAUUGUGUAAAUAUAAGUUGUAGUUUAUAAUUCAUAUUUCAUAGUUAGUAAACGGAAUAAGACUGAUUUAGGAUUUCAAGACUGGAGUCGAAAUUUAGUCAAUAAAUAAAUCGUACUUGAUAUCUUUACAAGUUAUGUAUCAAUUAAAUAAUCGUUAAUGAAUUGUUACAAAACCCCAAAACAUUUAAUAUACACUAUACAGUACACUUCUAAAAUGUCUUCAUUGUUUAUCAAAUUAACAACAUCUCUCUCAAUAUUCAGAACUGUCAAAUUUGUGAAACGGUCUUGUAGCAUACUGUAUGACCAGUGAUUUUCCUAUUGAUUCAAAUCAAUUAUUUGAAAAUGUGCAAUCAGCUAAUAAUAAUAAUAAUAGAAGCCUUAAAGGAUUGUUUUUAGUGGGAUUAACUGGUGGUAUUUCUAUUGCACUAAGCAUAAUUUGUUAUCCGUUCAUAUCACCAGCUUUACGGAAAGUAUGUUUACCAUAUGUCCCAGCAACCAACUUGCAAAUCCAAAAUGUUUUGAAUGUAAUUAAAGGACGAAAAGGGAAAUUAAUUGACUUAGGCAGUGGUGAUGGAAGAAUAGUUAUGAAUACAGCAAAAGCAGGAUUUGAAUCAGUUGGUGUAGAGUUGAAUUUUUGGUUAGUGUUAUAUUCACGUUUAGUUGCCAUGAAAUCUAAAAUUCAGCCUUCUCCGAAAUUUAUUCAAACAGAUUUGUGGAAAUAUCACUUGGGACCUUUCACAAAUGUUGUAAUAUUUGGCGUUGAAGAAAUGAUGUUGGAUCUAGAAAAAAAAUUUGCUGCGGAAUUAUCAGAGGGAACAGUAAUAGUUGCUUGUCGCUUUCCUCUCCCAAACUUAAAACCUUAUUUAGUCAUUGGUACAGGUAUUGACAGAGUUUGGGCAUAUAGAAUAUCUAAGACCAAACCAUAAUCCAUAAAAAUAUGUUAUAGCUUCAUAUUAUUUAUUUUAGUAUACUAUUAUAUAGCUGACAAACUGAUAUGCAUUUUUUGAUGUAUAAUUGAAUAAAAAAUAAAAUAAUAAUUUUUUAACAUAA